AUGCUAUCAUGGAGUGGAGAUAGAGAAUCUCCGAGUGAUCCGACGUCUCGCCCUGCGUCAGGCACUCGCAGGUCUCGAUCAGGCUGUUUUCUGUGUCGGGCGCGCAAAGUGAAAUGCGACGAGCGCUGGCCCUCAUGUUUGAAUUGUGAACGUCUCAAAUUGGAAUGCCCGGGUCAUCCAGGCCAGAAUUCGGGGCUGGCUGCAAGAGCUCUCAGGAGUGCGCGGCGGGAUGCGGCAUUGACACAGGCCGGGGGUGAUAUUUGCACCCGAUGCUCCCGCAGAAAUAUUGGAUGCUCGUAUAGUCCGGGUCGCAUGCAACAGCCACAGAAAAGCUCCGCGUCUUAUGCCCCUGCUCAUGACAAAACUCGUAGUCCUACUUUGGUGCCAACUCGGCUCCAGAAAAAUCAAUCCUCAUCUCAGCAGUCUCCAGAUAGCGUGACUGAUCCUAUCUCGUGGCUUCACACUCAACAAUUACCGGAUAAAGAUCGAAUUAUAAUUUUGGUCGAAGAAUAUUUCGCCCACGUUCAUCCAUUACGAUGUUAUGGUUUCGUGCAUAAGCCCUCAUUCAUGCAGCGAUUAGAUGAAGAAUUUGAGACCUGCUGCAACGAUGAAUCACUCCUUCACAUUGUUUGCGCAUUGGGAGCAAAAUUCCUGGCUCUAAAUUACCAUUCCCAGUUUUCACCCGAGACGAUACUCACAGCUGGGAAUCAGUGGGCCAAAAUCGCCAAGGCUCGCAUAUUUGUAGACUUAGACGACCUCUCCCUAGAGAAACUAAUGACCGCAAUCCUCCUCUAUGAUCACGAUCUUCGGAUCGGAAGCUAUGCCUCAGCUUUUAUGCUCUCUGGGGUGACUGCAAGAAUGUCACAAGCAUUGCAACUCAACCUUGAAAGUUCCGCCGACAUACUUUGCAAUGAACUUGACUCUACGUGCCCAAUAACCAACGAGUCCAAACGGCGUUUAAUGUGGAGUUGCUAUGUCAUGGAUAGUUGGCUUCCUUGUCACAGCCAUAACUUCUCCCUUGGAACUGCCUGUGUCACUGAAAUGCUGGACCAGGGAAAGGUACUUGGCUUUAUCUCGUGUGAACAAACUCCUUCACAGCCAGCCCAAAACAUGGGGAUUGAGGCUUAUUUCAUCCGCCUCGUCAGCAGCAGGAAAAAGGUUCUCCGAUAUGUCAAGCACCUGGAUACCUCGAAGCCACCGUGGGAGUCUGAUUCCGAGUUUCUGCAAUUGGUAACCGAAUUUGCGAACUGGCGGAGAGAUCUUUCGCAGAGUCUUAAGUGGAACUCAGGCGCGAUUUACGCACGGAAGGAGUCGUCGCAGUUGGGUGCUUUGACUUUGCUUUGGUGUACCUAUCAUCAAACCUUGUGUGAUCUAUACCGGAUUGGUAUGCCGAACUUGUUUCACAUUCGACGACAUCAUAAGUUUCCAACAGCCCAACAAGAGUUUCUGGACAAUUGUCGCAGAGCUUGUUUUGACAAUGCUCGUGAACUCUCGAAGAUCAUUGCUGAAGCUUCACGGCACGGGGUGAAAGCUCUGUCUGAUACUUGGCUGUGUAUCAUUGCACAUGACAGCACGAAGGUCAUGUUAUACUUCAUAAAGCAGAACACACGAUCCCCCAAUGCUUUAAGUGUGUUUGAGGUGGAGGAAACGACGACUCUUGUCAAAAAGAAUAUGGAAGCACUUAUGCAAAUGAGGUCUCUUGUUGCAACGGCACAGCAUUGCUAUCUCUCCGUUUUGAAAAUGAUGAUUGCAGCAGGUCUCCACCCUCACCUUCCCCAUGCGCCCAUAAAUGAGCGAGAGCCGGAUGAGAAUGAGGAACAUUCCUCUACUCCUGGAUCCCCUGUUCAAGAGUCACCCGAAGCUGUCUUGAAUCCUCUUGCAAUCUAUCGCAUGGCACGCACAGCUUUGCAUGGCAAAGACUCUCGAGGGCCAACCUCAAAUUCGCCUUCAACUACGAACACGAACUCGUCUAGAACGUUCCAAUCUAGGACACACCACCAACCUCAUGAAAACCACGAACAGAAGCAAACACAAGGGCCGCAAAAGUCUCAAAUCGAUGAGAGAACAGACAUGUUACCACCCUUCGAAGUUGCUUCUGUCCCAAUAAGACCCGCCGAUUCAUCGUCCAACUUUAAUGCUUUCCCACAAUUCCCGCCCCUCGGCACUGUUGGAUCGUGGGAUCCUUCUGAAAUGGCUAUCAUGAACAUGAUUGACGAGAGAACGGCCCCUUGGUCUGUGGAAUAUCUGACUGAUGGGCAGUCGGGGGUGGAUCCAUUUUUGUUUCCAUUUUAG